AUGAAGUUGACUCCAGGAGCUCUUAUAGACGCUCCUCAAUACUACAAUAACAUUGGAAAUGGAAAGUACGAUACAGAAUUGACUGUGGUUCUGCGAGACCUUCACUUAGAAAAUGAUAACGAAGCGAUGCCUGCAGUGUUUGGAAAAUAUCUGCCGAGUGCAACGCAGAUUCUAGAUCUAACCAAUAACGAUCUAACGUUCAUCCCAGAUCUGCGAGGUAAAACAAGCAUAAAAACGCUACUUUUAUCUAGAAACCGAAUUCAUGAUAUUAAUGGCAGUUUCCUACCGCGUCAUCUGCGCAGUCUGGCUCUGGCUAAUAACGGUAUUUCGAAACUUGAGGACCUCAAAGGACUGCGAAAAAGUCCAAAAACGCUUCAAAAUUUGAUUUUGAAAGGAAAUCAGGUCUGUUACCUCGAAAACUAUCGAAUUUACACACUUUCCCUGAUUCCACAAUUGCAGACGCUAGAUUUUACCAAGAUUAGCGACGAGGAGCGUCGAAAGGCUAGUCUUCUGAAGUUAUCUGCGUCAAGCAAUGAGAACAAGGCCGAACAGCGAAUAGAUCAGGCGAUUGAAACGCCUCGCGAUAAAGAAGGUGAGAUUAUGGGCAUCGUUCUCGAUAAAAUGGACACAGACGUUCGCGAAAAUUUAAAACAGCAGCUGGCCAACGCAGCAACGCUGGAAGAAAUGGAGAGAAUCGAAAAAAUUCUUACCGGAGGCAUAUAA